UUGGUCCGGGAAGUUUCUCCAGGGCCGAAUAACUUCACAGCUCCGCGUCUGGAGACGAGCAGAGGCGGCCGGCAUCCUGCGGAGCGCUUCAGGCCGACAUGGAGGCUCCCGCGGACAAAACUGCAGCUUCACAGCGGGAGGUUUAAAUAAUACAGGCAGGUUUGGGAAUAAAAAAAUUAAUAUUUUAGCGUCAAAUCUGGUUGAAAAUGCCUGGAUCUGGGCGCUGGAUUAACGCAACCUGGAUUUUGCUUUUGGGCAUUUUUCACUCGUGUUUUUCAAGUUACUCUGAAGACCAGUGCAGCUGGAGAGGAAGUGGUUUAUCGCAGCAGCAGGGCAGCGUGGAGCAGAUCUCCCUGCACUGCUCGGAGGGAACCCUGGACUGGUUGUACCCCAAGGGGGCGCUGCGCCUCACCCUCACGCCCCGCCUGGCCCCCGUGGCGGCGGCGGGCCCCGGCGGCGGCGUCAUCACGGCCUGCGUGAAGCCGUCGGAGCGGUUCCACGGCGCCCAGCUGUACCUGGAGAGGGACGGGCUGCUGGAGCUGCUGGUGGGGGACCGGAUGGAGGCGUCGCCCCCGCCGAGGGUCCGCUGCUUCAGCCGCACGCCGGGCCAGAGGCUGGCGCUGUUCCUGCAGGCCACGCUGCAUCAGGACAUCAGCAGGAGGACCGCCUCGUUUCGCUACGAGCUGCGGGGCGGCUGGACGGCGCGCAUGGCGCUGGACUCCAACGCCAUCAGCAGAGAAGAUGCCUGCCGGCCGUGCAACGAUACCGAGAUCCUGAUGGCGGUUUGCACCAGCGACUUCGUUGUUCGAGGGAACAUCCGGUCGGUGGAGGAGGACGAAACGCUGCGCGCCGCCGUGAUCAAGGUCAGCGCCACCCGUGUUUUCCGUCAGAAGUUCACGCUGUUCACGGGGAGCAGUCGGCUGGCGAGCCGCGGCGAGGUGCGGACGCUGCUGCAGUGCGGCGUCCGGCCGGGACCCGGCAGCUUCCUCUUCACCGGCAGGGUGCACUUCGGCGAGGCCUGGCUGGGCUGCGCGCCGCGCUACAAGGACUUCCAGAGGACUUACUCUCUGGCCAAAGCCGCCCAGCAGAUCCCCUGUGAACUUCCCGUAGACUGAGACGCUCAGAUGAGAACCGCGGCGCUGAAGGCCAAGCCAGCCGCCGCCGUAGCAUGAAGUGAAUCCUCAGCAUGACUUCCUGGACUUGGACAAAGGAUUUUAGCUUUGGACGUUUUUCUCAAGCGCGUCAUCUGAGGCUCGUCGGUUUAAAACUCAGGAAAACAAGGAGAACUCCCAGAGAAAUCUCACUCGUUUGGUGCGGCUGUGGGCGAAACGCAGAACGUUUUCUUCAGGGUUUUUGGUCGGAUGACGUAAGGCGGCGACGUCAGGUGCUUGUGUUGUCCUGUCAACGGAGAGAGGGCUGGACAAUUAAUCAAUAACGACAAAUAUCACCGUGUGUGAUCAAUACCAACAGAAAAUACAUCUCAUAGAAUAUUCACUGAACUCACUCGCUCUCUGGUUGCCUAGCAACGUGCUGGUAAGGAGGAGUUUCGAGUUCCCCCAAAUUUCGGUUACCUAGCAACGAGCCGCUGAGUAACUUACAACAGUUUCCAGUUUCCCCGCCGUUCCUCAUAACAGCUAAAAAAAACAAGACGCAACCAACGGAGUAAAAACAGCAAAAUCUGGCUUUACGUCAGAUAUCUAAAACAUAAUCAAUGAUUAUCAAUAUCGACUGAUAAGAAACGUUUGCAUUGUGAUCGUCCAGCCCUACGAGGAGGUUCGAUAAAAACCUCAUGAAAGGAAUCGCUGAAGAAAAUUUGCACUCAAAGGAAGAAGGGAAAAUGCUGCAAGCACUGAAAACCAAAUGAGAAAAGGAAGCAACUAUAUGUAGCGUAGCGGAGCAACCGAGAAUUUAAUAUAUGCGAGAGCAGGUUAUGCUGCCAUCAUGGAUUUACUUUCUGUUGCCAGGAUAAAUAAGUUGGAGAUUGGACAAAACAGCCAUGAAUCUGGUUAUUGAAAAAAAAAACAAAAAAACAGCUGAAAUAAAUAAAAUGAAUAUCGACGUGUAUUAAUCCUCUAGUCUAAAUAAACAUUUUUAGAGAUGCACCAACAUAUCUGCUGUUAACUGGCUGGCAUCUGAAAACUUCGAUAUUUUUCCAAUCAUUGAACACAACCAGGAGCUACCAGUUUUGCUCUUCAGUGUAGAAGCUAAUGCUGAGUGAAGAAGACUUAGCAUUAGCCACUGUAAGCUCUAGUAAGUAAGGAAAAUGUGUUUUCAGCAACGUAAUGAGUAAUGAGUCUUGUUUGUGUUUCAUUCAGGCUGUAGAGAGACCUGGACUUCCAGUAGAAAACAGGAAGGCUGAACUCCUUCUGGGGUUUUUGGGAGCCAGAUAGAAAUGCUAACAGGCUUUUGGAAAUUACAGACCCAAAUCUGUUUCUAAACCUGGAAAGUUUUUAACUGGAAACGUAAAUAUUUUUAGCAGGUUCUAGAGUGACCUAUGACCCCAAACACAUCAUAUAUGUUAACAACAACAAUGGCGGAUUUCUUGUUUGUUUUAUUAGUUUUAGUGAAAAUGAGAAAAAGCUCAAAUUCACUCGCACCUCGUUGCUUUCCACUUUUAUUUUCUUGUUUCGUUUACUGCUAAUCUCAUGUGGAGGCCUACAGCCCCAGACUGCAUGCUUAGCGCCACUCACUGGUAUGGAGGAGUAAAAACCUUUUUCUCUGUUUCCUUGUGGAUGUAAAUAUUUGUGGAAACAGUCCUGCUUCAGAAAACAAAACAAUAGGUUUUAAAGAGAAAUGUUGGGGGCAUCUCCAGGUUUUACCACAGAGUAUUAAAACCAGAGCAAAAUAAAUUCAUUACAAUAAAUUAGUACAAGAAUAAAGUCGUAAUAAGAUAAUAAACUAGUAAUUUUAUUUUUAAGAAAAGCAUCUUAUGAAGUUAUACUUUGGUUUCAGUUUUACAAAUAAGGAAAUAUUUUAUAUUUUAGCACAUUAGCAUCAAAUGAUCAUUUAUGAAAUGAUUGUUUCAAAUAAAGAACCACACGGGCGUAUCACUCUAUCCAAGCUUUUCUCUCAUAGAAACAGCUUUUUAUUGUAAUAUUUUUAGUUUCUUUUGGUAAUAUUUUCACUUUAUUGUUGUAUUUUUUUAAAAUCAUCUUGGUCUUGUCCCAACAAGUUUAAAGGUUUUCCAGGUUUCAUGUGAUCAUAAAGGAGCAUUCUGGGUAAUUUCUGUAAUUCACCCUAAGUCACAGUAAGAUGCUUCUACUGCCAUUUUUAUGAUGUAAAGUUAUGUUAAUAUCAAGAUGAAUGUAAAUAUGUUCAUAAGAAAUUUUAUAAAGAAAGAAACAAAAAAAUAUUGUGGAUUAUUUUUACGUUCUGUUUUGUGUUAUUAAAAUAUCGUCUAAGAAGGAAAAACGUUUUGGAUCCUUACUUUCUGAACCGUUCAGCUUUUACUGAAACGUUUCUCAGCCGUAAGUCACUUCAAGUACCGAUUCAUCAGAUUCCUGAAAGCCCAGAACAAAACGCCGAGUCUGAAAGGCGGGAGA